AUGCCUGUUUCCGAACAUAGGCCGUCUUUCCUUAUUGAGGUGUGGGCCCUCUAUGUCGUCGGCACAUGUAUCAUCUUGACCCGAUUUGCUGUACGCUUCAAAACAGUAGGGUUGCGCGGACUGCAGGGCGAUGACUUCUUUUCCGUCCUGGUCUUGUUAUUCUAUACUGUAGAUGCAUUCACGGUGCAUCUGAUUUACCAUCUAGGUACCAACAUCGAAGCUGGGGUCGCAGCCCAGUCACACAAAUUGACUCAACAUGAAAUCUCCGAAUACGAGAAGGGAUCCAAACUACAACUCGCAGCUUGGUAUGCGUACACGGCCCUGAUUUGGUCCCUCAAGGGUACCAUGCUGUGUUUCUUUUCGCGAAUGACGAUUGGCACUUGGCACAAUGUCUUCGUCAAGACUGUUUCCAUUUUGAGCGCGGUCUCUUAUGUGGCUGUCUUCCUCACAAUCACUUUUGGAUGCUUCCCUACACAGAAGAACUGGCAGGUUGUGCCUAAUCCUGGAUUGGUAUGCUCUUUCAAGAUGCAGAACUUCCUGGUCACAACAGUCCUCAAUGUUUUGACUGACGGCCUUAUCCUAUGUAUCCCUAUGCCUCUUCUCUGGAAGCUUCAGGUUCCAAUCCGCAAGAAAAUUGUCAUCGGACUCCUCCUCUCCUCUGGUGCCUUCGUCAUCGCAGCAGCCAUCAUCCGUGUCGUCCUCACCCUUGCCGACAACCCCUCCGCGAUCACAAUCAACUCAUGGGGCGUUCGCGAGACCAUCGUUGGAAUCCUCACCGUCAACAUCCCCGUCCUUCGACCCCUAUUCUCGAAAUCCUUCUGGUCUGGACAAUCUGCCAGCGAGAUCAGCUCUUCCUAUCACACAACAGCUCGAUCUCGAGGUACCCGUGGCGGCGGCGGUACGACACAAGAUAUCUCAGGACCCUACGAACUCACGCCGAGCAUCAACGAGGGGGCUAAGCCCAGUGAUAGAGGUAGCCAGGAAUCAAUUCUCUCCUCGAAGAACAUCAAGUUGGCGGAUAUUGUGGUUUCCAAGACAUACAAUGUUACGCACGACGGUAUUGAGGGAGGAUCCUGGUAUGGAGAUCGUAAUGGGAUGUCAAAGGCUUCCGUGCAUGCAGACUCAAGGGUUUAA